GAACCUGUUGCUGCCCAUUUACCUGGGACACACACGACUUCACCUGACACCACAAGUGGUUCUACAUAUGAGGUGUGUUUAUAUCAACACAUUGCCUGUUUUACAAUCUUUCUCCGUUGUUCACCUUUGGACAGUUUCCUUGUAUGUAUACGGACGACUUGGACUUUAUCCUGUUGUUUCCUUUUUCCACUCACAUGCCGGACUGACCUCUUGUUUUGCGAGUAUAAAUAAGGCAUCUUUCUGAGCUCAUUCUGCAUCUCUGAUUCACUCGAGAAUUGCCAUUCAGGCCUGACGGUAAACUUGACACUCCAGCUGGAUUUUUCUCUGUUUGGAAUCAGAGGUUUUACACUCAACAACUGGAAGCAGCUGUGUAUAAAUCUGGGCAAAAUGAUGGAGGAGAUGUCCAUGGCGAUGCCCUAUGACGUCCAUGCUUUUGACCAGAUGAGCGAGGAGGAGAUCCUCGCCUGUCUGGUGGCUGAAGCGGAACCUAAAAACACAGUGCCAACAAAGAAAGCUAAACUGAAGGAAUGUCGGCUUCAAAUAAUGGAAGAUGAAGACGACCCUUUGGAAAAAUACCUGAAAGAAAACCGAGAGCUUCAACAGACCAGCCACCGUCUGGAGCAGGAAAAUGACAACUUGGCCCACAGACUAAUCACCAGCAAGGUCGCUCUGAGGAGCGCUCUGGACAAGGCGGAGGACAGAGUGGAUGAACUAGCAAAAGAUCUGCUGCAGGCGAGACGUCGACUGCAGGCCACAGAAGAAGAGAAGCGAGGCAAAGAGGAAGAAACUGCGAUGCUAAAGGAAGUGUUUCGGAGAGAGCUGGAGAAGGCCGAGCUAGAGGUCAAAAGGUCGUCGGGUAUCAUUGCAGACUACAAGCAGAUCUGCUCUCAGCUGACAAAUCGUCUGGAGGAGCAGCAGGCUGCCCACAGAGAGGAGUUAGAUUCACUCAAGAGUGUAAUGAGGGCUUGCUCCUGCUGCCAACACACUGUCGAGUCAGAUGAUCUGUCCGAUGCAGGUCAGAGCUGUGAAGCGGCAGGAGAGACAGAAGGCCGAGGGAUGGCUAAACAAGGCAUGCAGGAGAACGAUGCUUGUUCUCGAAGGGAGGAGCAGAGGAGGGCGCACCGAGAGAAGGAGUCCCUCAGGGCUCACAUUAGGGCACUGGAGCGGGAGUUGGUCCAGACCAAGCUCCAGAUGGUGGAAGCCAAUUGCAAGAUCCAGGAGCUGGAGCACGAGAAGGGAAUCCUGUCCAACGAUCUCCAGGAAUCAAAAAACAGCUGGAUCAGUAAGGCCUUCACCUCUCUGCGGACCUCCAGCGGGGGGCUUCACGGCGUUAGCUUACCCAGAGAUGGGGCUCCGGCACUGGGUCGAAUCCUCCAUGGUACCUCCCUCUCUGGAUGGAGCACCAAGAAGCUGUCAUGGCCUCACAGAGACAAUCAAGAAAAAGUCUGACAGCUUGGACUGUGAAGGUGCAGAAGACAUACACUAUCAGUCAAACGUUUGGACAGUUAUUUUAUUUCAUUAUUUUGUACAUUGUAGAUUAAUACUGAAGACAUCGAAACUAUAAAAGAAUACAUAUGGAAUUAUGUUGUAUACAAAAAAGUGUUAAUCUUCAGUAUUAAUCUACAAUUUAGAAAAUAAUACAAAUAAAUAAAAAGCAUUGGAUGAGAAGGUGUGUCCAAACUUUUGACAGCUACUCGAAGACUGUUAUGUAAAGAUUGAAUUUAAUCCUGUAGCUGCUGUUUCCUAACAUGUGCACUAGAUGGCAGAGUGGAGCACGAAACUAUCAGAGGAGAGUACCUGAGAGCACAUCUAGGUGAUGUCACACAGGGACUUUCUUGUCUGUUUGCCACUUUACAAUUACUAUAUUCACUGAUGUAUUAUUUUGUACAGUUGUAAAUCUAAUCCAUGUCCCCUGAGGAGAAAUCUUUCAUUUGUAAUUAAAUUAAAUGUAAUAUUAAAGCAGGUGUGAUGCAAA